UUUUAUUUCUUUUCCAAAAUCUGGGAUGGAGCUUCUGGCAGGCACGUUUAGGCAGGGGAUGAGAGAGCCGCCCCUGGAGGGGAGUGGGUUAUGCCCAGCCCCCUCCUGGUGUCCCCGCCCCACCUGCCUGCCCAGGCCUAUAAAACGUCCGAGUCCUCCUCUGGCUGCAGGAGAGGCUGGGGUCAGGAUCAUGCAGCUGAACUUCAGUGGCCUGCGGGCCCUGGUGACAGGGGCAGGAAAAGGGAUCGGGAGGGACACUGCGAAGGCCCUACAUGCCUCCGGAGCCAGAGUCGUGGCUGUGAGCCGCACCCAUGCCGACCUGGUCAGCCUCUCCAAGGAGUGCCCCGGAGUAGAGCCCGUGUGCGUGGACCUGGGUGACUGGGAGGCCACGGAGCAGGCAUUAGGCAGUGUUGGCCCCGUGGACCUGCUGGUGAACAACGCCGCUGUGGUGCUGAUGCAGCCCUUCCUGGAGGUCACCAAGGAGGCCUUCGACAGGUCCUUCAAUGUGAAUCUGCGUUCUGUGAUACAGGUGUCCCAGAUCGUAGUCCGGGGCAUGAUCGACCGUGGAGUGCCCGGCUCCAUUGUCAACGUCUCCAGUAUAGCGGCCCAUGUCACCUUUCCCAACCUGGUCACCUACAUCUCCACCAAGAGUGCAAUGACCAUGCUGACCAAAGCCAUGGCCAUGGAGCUGGGGCCACACAAGAUCCGGGUGAACUCCGUGAUCCCCUCGAUGGUGCAGACGGCCAUGACCCGCAAAAUCUUCUCCGACCCCGAGUUAUCCUGGAAGCUGAAGGAGCGCCACCCGCUGAGGAAGCUCGCAGAGGUGGAGGACGUGGUCAACAGCAUCCUCUUCCUGCUCAGCGACCGCAGUGCCUCCACCAGCGGCUCGGGCAUCUUCGUGGACGCCGGCUACCUGGCCUCCUAG